ACCACAGCGCCUUCUGAAGUCAUGAUGGGAGCCAGCACCAAUCCUGUCCUGCAAAGCAGAAAUUACUCAUUGCCUUCCUACUUCGGCAUUCGAAACCAGCAAUUCUGAGAUCGGGAGAAGAAGUUGCCUUGCGCUAUACAUGGUUUCUAGUCCCUCUGCCCAGGUCUUUGUCGGACACGUCUCAGCCUCAGACAGUAGCACUGCGUUAAAGUGACCACACAGGAAUAUGUUCCUAAGAAAGAAGAAAAAGCAGUAUUCAUCCCUAAAGGACAGCAUGGCACAGCGACCUGAAGUUUUCCAUUUCCCUCCUAACACUUCUUUAACAAGGAUAACAAGAAACUGUCUUUUGACUCCUUUUUGUCCACAUUCCAUAGUCCUUUCUAUGAAGAUGCAUUAAUUCAUACUCAAGACACUUGGAUCUCACCAGGACAAUACUCGCCAUCAUUUAGGAGUAGAGACUGGACUGGUUCUAUUAGUGUGUUCACUGGUAGGAGCUACAUGGAUGGACUCAUACCUGCAAUACUCUGUGAUGUUUCGUUCUCCAAAUCCUGGAAGGGCUUUUGUUUUUGCUGUUUGUGUUCUUUUUUGGGGGGGUGAUUUUUUUGGGGGGUGAAAUUCAUUACUUGUUGCAAUAAUUAUCCAUGAUCGAUGCUCAAACCAGAGUGUUGGGAUUCAUCUGUGAAAAUCACUACAUGCAACAUAGGAGACGAGGAAAAUAUUAAUGACGGAAGAGCUGCGAACAUGAUGCAUGUGAAUACCUUCCCUUUCAGAAGGCAUUCCUGGAUAUGGUAAGUCUGGAUACUUUUUUUCCCCCUUGUGGAUUGAAGGUAUGGUGUUAAUUUGCCCUGAAUUUUAUUUUCGUUUCUCUUGACACUUCACAAGAAAGUUCACUGUCGUUACUGUAGCUUAGAAGCAAUGCUGUUGGUUUCCAUUACUUGGUUUGGAUGUUUGUAAGUCUCUGCAGUGUCUUGUGCUUGGGUGUAUGUUUAAAGGGUUGUAUAAACUGUCUGGCCAGGCUGUUGCUUCUGUGUAUCUUUGACGGGGGUGGGGGGUGGAAGGGUGAUGACCAGGAUUCUAAUGGAAAUCAGAUUUAAAGUUAGAAAGGGAAAAUGCAUUCCCUUCUUGAGAAACAUUACGAAAAGCUUGAAUAAACUAUGCAGUGGUCAUUUCAAACGUGAUGGGGGAGGGGAAUUUCAAUAAAGGUACAAGGUACACGAAAGAGCCAUGAGAAGACCUGCGAUUUGAACCAGAUAAGUUGAAUAGCCAGUGACGUUCCCACACAGAGCUACCACCUUCUCUUGGUGCCCUCUACCCUUGAUAUACAUAAAAUACCAAUCGCAUAAGAAUUGCCUCAAACACAAAUUCAGAUACACUCUGUAUUUGUAAUAAGUGGUAUAUUAGGGUACAGAAAUACUGUGUGUAUAUCUAAACAUAAAAUAAUGCUUUCUUUCUAAGUGUAUAAAAAUGGAGGUGUUGAUCAGUUGUGUUCCGGCUAAUCAAUAAUAUAUGGAUGCUGCAGUUUGCAUUUAGAGUGUCCCGAAAGGGCUAUUGUAAUAAAGACGUGUCUGAUCUAGAGAGUAGCAGAGGAACCUUUAAAAGAUACAUCCCUGUCAUACUUCUUUGGGUCACUGGGAUGUACCCUUAAAAGGGGUGCUGGAACUUGAGGCCUUUUCUGCCAAUGAGUGGUUUGGUUUGCCCACAGUCCCUCUGAAAUAUGCUGUCUCACCCAAAACAACAGGGCUAACUGGCGUGGUCAAGAAUGCCCCCAAACUGUGUGUAACCUUUCUGGCUUGGCUGGUUGUCUCGGGUACAAUCCUAAGGACAGGAAGCUGCUACCACAGUGAGUUAGCACAAGGAUCUGAAAGUUUGUCUGGCUCUGGUCUUAUUGGGUGAAGACCUUUGAUCUUAUUUUGUUCUUUCUGAUAUAAUCGCAACAAAGUCAUCAGGAUCAGGUGUAUAUCAUCUCAGUGAGCACAUAUUACAAGAAUUAUGACAGCUCGCGUUUCAUUAAGGAAGUAAGUGCUUGGUCACCGAACCAAAAGCCAAUUGCCUGACUUAGAACUAUCUAUUUUUACUAGGGUCUCGGGGGUUGAUAGAAAGGAAUGGCAUUUUUUUUUUAAUUUCUAAAAUGUUAACAGUCUCUAACGUAAUACUGAAUUCUCUGGCCCAAGCAAGGGUCACCUGAUGCAAAUCCAGAUAGUAAAAGAUUUUGCACUGUCAGCCAGUAAGUCAAUAUUCAACUCUGUCCUGAAGAAAAAAUGCAGUUGUCCACAUAUGACCCUUUAGAGGGCUGUGGCACAUGUGCCAAUAAGGCUUUGUUCAUUAAAAAUGAAGGCGGCAGGCGCGGCAAGAUUUGCUCAGUGGUAGGUGGUAUUGCAACUUGACUGUUCUUGUGAAACGAGGGAUUUUUAAAUUGCAGAAUGAAAAGCAAGGUAGUCCCAUCUGAACUCUGAGUUAACCUUCUCCGAAGUGUUUGUGAAUUCAAACACUAGAGGGCACAAAAGGAUAUGUUUAAGUCAAGGACUUCUCUUCAACAGAACGUUACAAUUAGGAAAACCUGCCUCAAGUAAAGCCUUGUGCCCCCAUGGGCAUGAUUUUUCUGAAAUGCUGACCUGCAGCUCUCUAGUCCUCACAGAGCACAAGAAACGGCAGCGGCUGACUUCUGGGUCUCUUUAAUAACAACCUCCUGGCUGGCUUUCUUUCCUUCACUUUUAUCGCUCUCAGCCUUUUAUAAAAUAUGGUCCACAUAACUACUCAUGGUGGGAUUUUUUUCAUUUUCCUAUCGUAUAAGAAAUCACUGUCUUGUUAUUCUCAGUACUGACUAAUUAUCAUGGAGUGAACUCCCUGUAACACACAGCAAGUUAUGUCAAAUGAUCUUACAUUUGCAAAAUUUUUUAAAGUAUGAAUCAUGCAUACAAAUGUAGUUUGCUACAUUAAUUUUUAAGCUAACUCAAGGUAUUCUUCUUAGGAAAAUAAAUAAAAAUCAUUACAUACCUCAGGCUCUAAAAUUAAGCCUAUUUUUUUAUUAUUAUUUCUGCUUUAAAGGGUUUGAAUUUUAGAGAUCUUUUGAGACUUUAAAAAUAUAAGUGUUCAAAGAUAACCAUCCAAAAUUAGUUGUACUAUGGAUGUCAUGGAACAUAAAUAUACCAUAUGAACUAAUGUUUAGAUAAAUUUUGGUAUUGUAUCAAGGCAUCAACUACUAAUUUUAUUUUCACAUGUUAGAUAAUAUGAGGAAAUGCUUCUUGUAAAAUAAGAAGUAGAAUAGAAUCUAAAAUUAAUCACAGACAUUAAAAAUCUCAAUUAAAUAUUAAAAUUAGAUGCAUAAACGCAUCUGUUUACAUACAAAAAUGAAAAUGAGCCAGAUUUCCAAUUUAGUUCUAGUAGGGAUGAUUUUCAUUUCUCUUGUUCAUCUCAUUUUUCUGUAAUUUCUAAACAUGCUUUCAUGAAUAUUCAUCAUUCACAUUGGGCUAAUGUGUGUUGUUCAAACAGGAGCCUGUUUUAGCAUCGCAAUGUCCGUGGUUUUGGACAUGAUGCUUAGGUCAGUGCUAGAGACAAGGAUCAGGGUAUGAGACUGCAUUCUGCUUCAGAGACUAUUGGAGUGGAAUCUUGUAGCCAAGCAGAUACAUCAUGAGAAUCAACCUGCUAAUCCCAGAGGGGGAUGAUUUGUCUCAGGUUCUACAUUGUGGAAGAGUGACCAUACACUGAGAAAGGAGAGUGGCCAGAGAUUGGAGAGAGGAGACUGGGAAAGCAAGGCCAGCGAGAAGAGCAUAUAAAAUUAAUAUCUAGUAUACGUUGUCCCUGUGCUCUGUGGAGAGUACUAGAACGUGUCAAAGAGAGAUAGUGCUUGCUUAGUUGUGUUCUUGACCUUCCUCUUCCUCUUCUUCCUCCUCCUCCUCUUCCUCCUCCUCCUCCCUCUUCCUCUCCCCCUCCUCCUUCCCCUCCUCCUUUCCUCCCCUCCUCUUUUCUUCCUCCCUCCCUCCUUCUCUCCCUCCCUCCUUUCCUCCUUCCCUCCCUCCUUCUCUCCCUCCCUCCCUUUCCCCAUCUUCCUUUCUCUCUCAUGCACAAUCCCUCUCCCUAAUUCUCUCCCUCCUCUCUCCCAUUAUACAUCUCUUUCCCUUUAACACACACCCCAUUCUUGUCUUUCCCUACAUAUGGACAUAUGUGCAUAGAAGCUAAGGACAGGCAACAGGAGAGCCAAGAUCUAUGCUAAGUUGGACUUCUAGACCCAAAAUUCUUAAGAAUGUCCUGGCACACAGACAACAAGAAGUCUCAGAAAUAACAUCGCACAAAGCAAAAUUUUAGGACACUUCAGUUCACUGUUUUUAUAAUUUUUUUAAGUAGAAUGAAUUAUCUUCUCAGUAUAUAGAAACUUUUCACUUUUAAAACUCAUUUUUAGAGCUGUAAUAUUUUAAAGCUUUUGAAUAUUUUAAAGAUUGAGAAAACUGGACAACUUGAUGGACUAGUCAAAAGCUGGAACAGAAACUAACUAGCUUUAGGCGUUUGAAUGAGAUGUUCCCCAUAAAUCCCUGGCAUUUGAAUACUUGGUCCCCAGUUGCAGGCACUGUUGGGAACAUGUAGGAGUUGUGGCCUUUCUGGAGAAAGUAUAUCACUGGGAGUGGACUUUGACUUUUAAAAAAAUCUGCAUGUCAUUCCCAGGUAGGUCUCUGUUUCUUCCUGGUGGUUCCAGAUGUGAGCCCUAAGCUCUCAGCACCCCGCCCACACUGUACCUACCAUGUUACAGAAUGUAUCAUUCUCUGUAAGCCCCAAAUAAACCCUUUCUUCAAGUUGUCUUGGUCCUGGUGUGUUGUCAAAACAAUAGAGAUGUCACUAAUACGCUCACUAACUCCAACAAACAACUGGCGUGGGACCUAAAAAUACAGAGCUACAGGCUAAUAAGCCUUAGGUCUGUGGCAGCUAGGUGCUUGUUUAGACAUUCCAAAUGAUGUACCGAAUUGUCAGAAAGAUCUUAGGUCAGGUACGGAGAAUGGCACUAGAUGGUUACUAGGAAGGCUGAAGGUAGCCCAAGAUGAUCUGACCCUGGACUUGUCCAUUCCAAACCCCCUACAGUCGGUCAUUGAUGUUUUAAUCCACUCAUCAACCUUGCCGAAGGUUUAGUGAAGAACAUAGCCUCUUUCCAGCAACUUUUGCUCACGUAUCUCUAAGUUCUUAAAUCCUAUACAUUUUUUUUACUCCCUUUUAAAAAUUUAAAUGAAUUGACAUAAAUAAAAUGACAGAUUUAAAUAGUCAUUUGGACUUGUUUUUUAAAACAAACAGAUAAACAAUAUGAUAAGUGUGUGUCGAUACCCUCAAGUGAUAAAUGCAUGAUCACAUCUAUGAAUCAGUCUCAGCCAAGUUCAAGUACAAAGAGAGUUGUGAGAACCAUAAGGAUUUGCUACUGAGCACUGUGUAGGUGGAAAAAUGGGUGAGCCAGCUUAUCUAAGCUAAUUGCCAAAGGAAACGGAGGAGCUUGAGUCUUUUCUGGAACAAAACAGAAUUAAAUAUUUAUUACAUUAAGGAAGGCAGAGUUUAGAGCAAAAUAAUGAAAUUUCCUGCGACUGUCUUUUUUUUUUCAUUCCACAUCUUAUCCACUUAUUCAUUUAUUUACAUUCCAGUCAUUGGCACACACACUCCUACUCCUCACAGAGUCCAAGACUGUCUUCUAAGAACGCUGAAAGAAUUCAUUUCACAUGUGUAUUUAGCUUUGUUUUACAUGGCAGUCCCAGGCUCUCAAGGCCACAGGAAGUUCAGAGUCCAGCAGAAAACUGAGCAUAGAAUGUUUUCUUUCUGUACACACUCUUUCAGGUAACAGAAGACUGCAAUAUACCUUACAUUACACUAGAUAAGAAAGAGUCCUUGCUCAUCACCAGAAGCCUUGGGUGUGGUCAAUGCUUUCUCACUUCUGCCUCUCACCUGCUCACAGUAGCAUUGCCCUGUCUGUCCUUAAUUCAGUGCAAUAGCUAUGCAUUCUCAGGCAAGGGGUCUAAGCUUUUCACACCUGCAAUGGGUUUACUCACAAACCCAGAGGCACCCUGGAAAGAAAGGUAAACAAUCCUAGAUCACAUCUACAGUUAGAACAAAAAGCUUAGCUGAAUAAAAUAUAUGUAAUAAUAUAGCCAUCUAAAACCUAUGUUGGAAAAGACAUCACGCAGUGCUAUGUGCUAUAUUGGAGAAUGGUGGUGGGGUGUGAGUCUGACCUCAUGCUGUAUUCUCUCAUGUGUAGCAUCCCUCUUGAAUCCUUGUCGAUCAGCAAUUCUCAAGCUGUGAGUCGAGACCCCUUUGGGGGUCAGAUAUCAGAUAGCUUGCAUAUCAAAUAUUUAUAGUAAGCUUCAUAACAGUAACAAAAUUAUGGUUAUGAAGUAGCAAUGAAAUAAUUUUGUGGUCGGGCAUAACCACAGCAUGAGCAACUAACUGUAUUGAAGGGUCGCAGCAUUAGCAAGGUUGAGAAAUUCUGCUUCUUUCUUUCAUUAAUCUGAAACCUUUGGGGGGCACCUCACUUCCCUCCCCUUUUGGUUGAUAUUACUUUAUUGUGCUAAAGUUUCUUUCAAUUCAAAGUUGACAUAUAGUUGUCAUCACCAUUGUCUCUUCCUCCUAGAGGGCAAUCAAGGAAAAUACUCAGUGUCAAACUUGAGUCUCCACAAACAUGGACACACACAUACAUGUGCAUCCACACAUAUAUAUAUAUGCACCCACGUAUAAUAAUACAUAUACACACAUACCACACAUGGACAAAUGCAAAAAUUAUUAUUAAACUUGGUGAAACUAUUUUUCUACAUUUCCUAAAAUGGCCUAUGACUUCCUAUUAUACUUAUUAAUUGGAGAACAACUGCAUUGAGUGAGUUUCUGAAUAGUGAAAUAGAUCUGCCUUCCUAGAAUAAGUUCAGUUGAUUCAUGACACUUCAAGUAUGCUCUCUUCACACAUACCUAAACGAAUUGUGAUAAUCUUAGCAGUCUUGUGUCUAUUAAUCAAGUCUAAUGGUAGUUACUUCCUUUCCAUAGUUCUUCAGGGUACAGUGGCCUAGACUGGAAGUCAUGCUCUUAGAACAUGGAGUCCAUUGCUCCAGGCUCUUCUGGCUUUCAAAGCUUCUACUGAGAAAUCUGCUAUUAUUCAGGAGGGUUCUUCCUUUACAUGUAACUUGUUACUUUUUCUCUUGUAGCUUUCAGAACCGUCUUUGUUCUGAAUGUUGGGUAUUUUACCUGUGAUGUGCCAUGGGACUUUCUUUUCUGGUCUUGUCUAUCUAGUGUUCUGUGAGGGGUUCGUCUCUGUAUGGAUGUAUCUCUGCUUACUUUGGGGACGUUGUCUUCUGUGAACUGACUGAAGGCCUGGCCUAUGCUGGAGACAUGAGGUGCUUCUCAUUCAUCUAUGCCUAGAAUUCAGAGACUGGACCUUCUUAUAGUCUCCCACAUCCCUUAAAAGUUCUUUUCUUGUGUGUGUGUGUGUGUGUGUGUGUGUGUGUGUGUGUGUGUGUGUGUGUGUGUGUUUUAAUGUUCUUUGAAUGUAUGGUCUAGCUUCUCACUUUAUCUUCCAAUCACGGUACUCUAUCUUCUACCUGAUCUGUUCUUCUUAUAAGGUUCCUCCUGCUGCUUAGGUUGGAGUUAUUGAGGUUUUAUUUCCAUCAUCGUUUCAGCUUGAGUUCUACUUCUUUAUUGAAUUCAGUUUUCAGAUCCUGGAUUUUCUUUGUCACUUCAUUCAGUUGUAUGUUUGUGUCUUCCUAGACAUCAUCACUCAGGCAUUUAUUGCUACUUUUUUAAAAAAAGUUCAUUGAACUGUUUGUUUGUGUCCUCUUUAAACUCCUUGAAUUCUUGGCUGACAUUUAUGAUUGUUCUUUGGAGUUCUGGAGUCCGUCUAGGCAAUUCUCACUGAAGAACAUUCAUACAGGACUAGCAGAUUUGGGAGAGAUAAGUUGUCUUGGCCUUUCAUAUUGUCUGUGGUUUUUACAAUAAAACAUGGGUUUGUGAUCCAAUUGCUGUCCUUGGGAGUGGCUGUUGUAAGAUUUCAAACUGUCUCAGACUAUGCCAGAGAACUGGCUAUACUUCAAGACCUGAAAGUUGGGGGUACCACUGUCAGGAGAGGCUCCAGGCACUUACUUACAAGGGAGGAUCUUUGAACAUCUGAUCAGUCUGGGCUAGGCCCAGAGCUUAGCUAUGGUGCUAGCCAACCCAGGGUGAAUCUCCUCUCCUCAUCAGUCUGAGCCUGUUCUCUUUAUAGCUUGCUGACUCUAAAUUUUUAAUAUGAAAAGACAGUAUUUAACUGUGGCGUUGUGUAUAAUUUUCAGUAUUCAAUUCUUUGUCUUGUGAAAUGGGUAAAAACUUUUAUGAGAGAAAAAAAGAGCAAAUGUCAGAAAUCAUAGGGACAAACAUAGAUACAGAUUUCCUAUUUUUAAAAGUUCUUUCAAGACAUUGUCAUUAAUAAAUAUAGUUAUGUGGAUCAUUUAUGCAAGUCUUUAAUUUUUUUAAAUUCAAUUGUGUGUGUGUGCGUGUGUGUGUAUGUGUGCGUGUGUGUGUGUGUGUGUGUGUGUGUGUGUAUCCAUGUGCAGAAGACAAUUUGGAGGAAUUAGUUGUCUCCACUCAUCCUCACCACAUAGGUCAUGGGGAUGUAAAUCAAGACUUCAGAUAGGCGGCAAGUGCUUUUAGCAGCUGAGCCUUGUCUCUGGCAAUUUGUGAAUAUUUAAUAGUAUCACGGGUUCUGUGUUGUCCAUAUCUGCAUCCUCUAAAGGACUGGAAGUUGGACUGGGUGAGGAAAGGAAAGGAAAUGCCCAGCCGCAGGGAUCGCUGUGAAACCCUGUCUUCACUAGGGGGCAUUGUGUUAACUUUCAGUUCUCUGUCUCUUUCUAUCUGUCUGUCUCUGUCUCUCCCUGUCUCUGUCUCUCUCUUUGGGUCUCUCUCUAUCUUUGUCUUUCUAUCUUCCUCCCUCCCUCUCUGCUGCCUCUCUGUCUCUGUUUCUCUCUGUCUCGGUGUCUCUCUGUGUCCCUGUCUCUCUGCAGGAGAAUUUCUUUUUAGACCUGGCAAAUCCCUUUAGACCUCUUUCUCUCCUUUCCUUUGUCCCUACCAUGGCUGCUGGUCCACACUAGGAAACCGACUGCUCUCUCCUUUACAAUUCUGCUUCUGUAGACCUCACCAUGCUCCUUCUAAUUUAAUUUUAGAUCACACCACUAUAAGUGCUAAGUGAUGUGAGGUCCUGUCUGGUUUCUGAGCACUUCUUUCAGCACCUUUAACAUCUCGGCAACUUGUGAAAUUUCUCUGAGACAUGACUAAUUUAAAAGAGACCCAAAGGUCUUUGUUCAUGACCUUUUGUUGAAAUCUGUCUAAAACUCUAAAAUUCAUAGUGAGGAAAAAAAAAAGUAGCUUUGAUGCUCAACUUUUUAUUAACAUAUAUCCAAUUUUAUCUGUACAUUACAGUAACGUGUAGUAGUUGUCAGUGACAUGACAACUCUACAGGAAAGAUCAUGUACAAAUUUCUAUAGUUCUAUUGCCCAGAAAAAAAAAAGUCGAUAUUUUGGCGUAUAUUUUAAUUAGUAAAUGAUUUUUGAGAUUCUACUCCUAGUCUCCUUUUGAUAAUACACCUCUUAACAAAGCAUUCCCUGUAAUGUUUCAAAAUACUCUUUACAAUCCAGUGGCAUCAUACUGAACUGUUCUACUGAAUGCUGUAAGCCUACAUCCUUGAGUGUUCCCAACGAGUCAGCUCUCUGCAGUUGGGAUACUCCAUAGCCCUCAGAGCAUCCCUCCUUGGCAGCUUCUUCCAGAAAUUGCUAGAGUCUCUGCUCAUUCACUGGAUCCCUUGGCAAUGAGACAGAUUCCAACAGGCUGAGCGUGUUCAGGGGUCAUACCUGCCAGCUGUUCACAUUGGUGAAGACUAACCUGAAAUCCCCUGAGUCUUUUAAUGCCUUCUGACUGUGACCUGCAUUUGUUAGUGCUGAGAAGUGACACUGGGCUAGCUGGCACAAUAAGAGCACAAGACAGGACUGCUAAAACCAGUAGCGGCAAAAUGUGGGCUUUCUAUUUAUUAAUCAUUUGUUCACAAUUAGCCCAACAUUUAUAACAAGCUUACAUACAAUAUAAUAAGGGAAAAGGAAAAAUUACAUGAAGAGAAAACACAAUAAUUCUCAUUUAUUAAAACAUCCUUUAUUGUUUGAAUUUUAGGGAAUAUUUUGUGCAGUAUCAAAAACUGGAAAAUCUCCAUAUAUCCAUUAUCCAGUGCUUGACUGAUAAUCAAUAUUUACCAAGAAUAUCAGUAUUUACUAAGAAUGUCCCUGUAUCAAACAAUUCAGAAAGCAUGUUACAUAAGAAUAAACUGGGUUAAAAUCACAGGGUAGCAGCUUUUUAUCACUUACCUGCAUAGUGAUAUUUAAAAUUCAUAAUCUUUGAGUGUGCUUUUAACAGUUAGUUACAACUGAUUUAUUUUUCUAAGUAAAAUUUGGGAACUCAUAAUUUUUGCAUUUUGCAAUACAAAAGGAGAAAAAAAGACGCAUUAUUUUUGCCUGUAUAAAGUACAGCCUUUAGAAUAGGUUCCAUAAGAAAAAGCAUGGGAAAUUAUAAAUUAUGCUCAACAUGAGAUAAAAUUCAUAAGUAUUAUUAAUUUAAUAGUAACUUAGUAAGUUUUAGUUACUUUUAAUUUGCUGUGAUAAGACACUAUAGCCAAGGCAGAGUCUAGUUGCAGAGAGCAUGGCGGCAGGCAGCCAUGACUUCGAAGCUCCUAUCUUGAGAUAACCACCACAAAGAGGCAGAGAGGGCACUAACUGGAAAUGGCUGGUCUUUUGAAAUGUCAAAGCUCAUCUUCAGUGACCCUUCCAACAAGGCCACACCUGCUCCAAUAAGGCCAUAUCCCUUAACCCAUCACAAACAGUUCUACCAGGGAACUAAAUAUUCAAACAUUAGCCUGUAGGACCAUUCUCAUCCAAACCACCAUAUAUAUUAUUAUAACAUUGAAAUUCUUGUUAUUCAGGUCCAAUCUAAUGGUGACCUGCUAGAGAUAAUCUCCCAAGGGUAACUGGUGGAGUUUAAGAGAUAGAGUUGUUGAUACUCUCAGGAAAUUUCCUUAGCUGUUCUACGUUUCUGAAAUUCCAAUAGCGCUAUUUUGCAAAAUGAAUCUCUUUUUUGAACCAUAUUAUAAAUAUUUAGUCUCAACAAGUUUGCUGUUCCCCAUCAACUUUGGACUACAGACGCCUGACACUCAGUGUAUUGUAGCUUUUCUUGGGCCUCCUAGUCAUACUUACAGUAUGCUUUUUUUUUUUUUCUUUACUGGUGAAAUCAAGAUGUAGGUGGGUGGUGGUUGUGGCGCGGCGGUGUAAUGCUAGGUACCGACUGUACAGUGAAGCGUUUUCUAUCACAUGUUUCAGUGACAUUUUCCUGAGAGGAUAUUCUGAGUUCAAAGUGUCUGUGAAGGGCACCAGGUCUCUCUGUCCCUUCAGCCACUUAACACUGAACUAAAUUCUAUCUGACUGUGAAGUAAGAACUUGAGAAUGUGGUUUUAAGAGAUGUCUGACAGACAGCAAACAGUUGUCCUACCCAGGAGUUUGUUUUUAGUGUUGAUGAGCUGAGAAACAACUCUCUGGAAUACGCAAGCAGUCACUUAGCAGAGGGAGUCUCUAAUAUAUUAAUAGAAACAGCCUAUCCUCUAACGCUUAGCAGAGACCUGGGAUCUCUAUCAAGGCCUUGUUGCUCGCCAUCAUCAGACGCGGCAAAGGCAUUUAAUGUCUCUGAACAAAUGAAAUGGGAAUAGCAUGGAAUCAGAGCUCAGGGCCUUCCCUACUGCCUCAUUAAUGGCGAUUAUAUCAAGGUCUAGCUGUGAAUCUCUUGGGUGGUUUUCUUUUCGAGAGAGAGCUAGACCUCAACGUUUUGCGUGUCCUGUGAUGAAUUAAGAACAAAUUAGCAAAAACAAAUGAUUAGGUGUGACUCUAAAGCAGAUGUCGGUGUUUCUUUUUUUAGCCAUUGGUGAGCUGCCAUCAUUGGCUACACCAAUUAAAAAGCAUUUCUAUUUCUUUCCCACGUGGAAAACGCCGGACCCUGAGCAGCGCACACAGGCUGAUGCGCAUGCGCUUCAGCCUUUCCUCCGGGCGGGCAUCCCAAGUUCACAGUCUCUAUGGCUCUUCAUGCUUGGGCCCACUCAGGCUCUGCCUUCAGCUAGUGCCACUCCAAACUCAGUCUUCUUCCAGGAGUUAUCAAUUGAAAGAUCAUUUGCCAUCAAGAGCAAAGCCACGAUCUAGAGAUGAACGGAACUAACCUGUACUCACGUGUCUGUCAUCAUAGACUGACUUUAUGAUAGCAGAAACUUAACGUGUCUGAGUCUCAGUGCUGACAAUAGUGGCUAGAGGCAUUGUCUGGCUGUGUAAGAUUAGGUAACUGUUAGCCAUGGUGUCUGUCUGGUUCCUCCCCAGUGAAAAUCUAAAACUUCCGCCAUGAUUCUGCCAUGAUUUGCCUCUCCUUCAGAGGAGCCUUCUCGCAUUCUUUACUUUCUCGGCACAUAGACUGUAGGUUUUUGUAGGGAACAGGACCGUAGGUUUAACCUUGCAUCUGCUACUCCUUAGCUUUAUGCUUUCAGGAAUAAGUUAUUCAAACUUUGUAAACCUCAAUUUCCUCGGUGAUCAAACAGAAUAAAAGAAAUUGGAAGCCUGGAAAUUGAUUAUUAGGGCUUAUAUAACAUAUCUCAUGUUCUUAUUACAAAAUGAGCAGAAAAUCAUUAUUGAAAUCAUGCUGGCAGGAUGAGGAACUAGAGGAAAGUCAUCUGACAGUCAGCUGGUUUUUGUUUUUGUUUUUUUUUCCAUUCAAUCAAUGCUCAAGAUGUAUCCUGGUGCAGGGGGGUCUGAAGGAGAUGGCCAACAGCUAGGGCCUGAGAACAGGAAAGUUUAUGGCUAUUGGCGUAUAAAAAAAAAAAUGUUGUGGAAAAAUUUAUGCCCCCACAAUUGGACACAUGAGAUUGUUGUUAUUUAGAAAUCUCUGGUAUUUGAGCUCUUUUUGUCUUAGUCCUGAGGGAGCAAUUUUGCUUUGCAGUCUGGCAAUUCCAAAAUUGUUUUGCUGGUUUGUUAGUAUGGGUCUGAAAAGUGGGAAGACAUCGUUUCUGACCUUAACUGGUGGGCAGGCAACAAGUGGGAAACACAGUCGGAUCCACGGUUGUAAAUUUUUUACCAACUGAACAACCUGUGCUCAUAGCCCAUAUGUUUUUAGACAGGGAGAGACAGAGAGAGAGAGAGAGAGAGAGAGACAGAGAGACAGAGAGACAGAGAGACAGAGAGACAGAGAGUUGUUUUUACAUUUGAAGCAUAAGGCAAAACAACUAGAAACCAUUCCAUCAGCUAGUUCUGGUAGUGUCCUAUACAACUCCUGAGUCGUUCUUUGUUGUUUUUAUUCAGUCUUUGUAAAUAAGACAGGGAUAAUUUCAGUUUUGUAAAUAAAACAUUAACCCUUUAAGACUUAAUCCCGUAAUCCUAUUCUUACUUAAGGUAAAAAAAAGAUAACAAAUAGAGAAACAAAGUUAUCCCUGGCAAGGAAACCUUGAUGCAAAGGACAAAAACCAAAAAACAAAGAACAAAAAACAAAGAAGAAAAAACAAAAAACAGAUCAAAUAGAAUUUUGUAACCAAUUUUAAAGGAUGAUUUUUAAAAAAUGAAAAUGCUUUUAACAGGAUAAAAGUAACUUCUACACUCUCCUAAAAGCUUACAUUGUUAAUGGUGGAGUCCAGAGCACAUGUGCCUGUGUACAUGCGCACAUGCAUGUGUGUGCCUUUGUGCCUGAGUGCAUGCAUGUGUGUAUGUCUAGGAUGCUUUUAUGUAAAACACAUUUUUAGUCCUCUUAAAAACCCUGCAAAUGGUCUGAAGUCAGAGCAGAUGGGGGAGGCACUGAAACCCAGCCAGACCAUGUGGCCCUCUGUGCAUCACUGUAGCUCUGAGGACCAUUUGCUUGGACUGUCCCCUCCCUUCAACAGCUUCCUGAUGGUGUUUCCUUUAAAAAAUAUAAUUCUUAACGGCACAUUCUUGUAACAAUAAUUUGGAUGUAAUAGUGAUGGUGGUCUUUUUUACUUCAUUAUUUUAUUUUAUUCAGGAAAGGGAAGGUAAUAAAAAUCACACACACACACACACACACACACACACACACACACACACACACACACACAUUUUUAAUGGCUGAGCUAUUUUCCUAGCCCUUCUUCCAACUCAGUUUAAGUCUUUAGGAGUUCCAUUACCUUAUCAGCAAAGGCUUAACCUGAUUAUCAUUCAAAUUGCCAAAUCAUUUCUAUAUAUACUUCAGGAUAGAUAGAAAACUUGAGUAAAGGUUUUGCUCCACAAUCCACAGUGGAAACGGUCCAUUAUUCUUAUAUUUAAGUAUGACUAUUGCUUAUUAUUUUAUGCAGUGCCCUGUUGACUUCAACAUUUCCAUGGCAAUUUAUUUCUUUAAAUCCCGGCACAUAUAAGAGAGUAGGAUACAUUUACGGAUGAUCAAAAUACAAACCACACUCCUCUGAUGCUCUCAACUGCAUUCCAGCACAUAAAGUAAUUGGUCACCAUUUCAGAACAUGCAAUUACUGACCUGUAAUCAAAUGGAACUCACGUAAGGUUUAGAAUGAUCAUAGUUUAUUUCCACAGAUGAAAGUGAAGUGCUUGCUGCAGAAUAAUGCUAGGAUUUUCUUUGAACUGCAGCACUUCCAUUCACAGAAAUAAAUGAUCACUGCUGAUCAUAAACAAUUCCUGUAACAAAGCUGCUUGUAAGCCACAGGAACUUGUCUUGCAUGAACAUUUGUUUUUAAAAAGUCCCUGAGAGUGGUUAAACUUCUUUUUCUUGUAUGUUUCUGUGACUGACCACUCUGAAAAUGUAAUCUUUUAAUAAUUUUAUUUUUUUAAUUAAAAUCCAAUCCAAUCACUGUCUCCCCUUUUCUUCCUUCGACUCCUCCCAGGACCCCUCCCUCUAACCACUCCCUCACCUCUCAUCCUUCGCAAGCCAAUGGCCUCUCCUUUUUUUUCUUUUUUUUUUUUUUUGAUUCCUGUUGUUAUGUAUAACACUGAAUCUUUCUUUUUCAUUAUUACUAUUAUUUCUAGCUGUGGGUAUGUGAAAAUAACUGAUUAAGAGCCCCAUCCCAGGCUGGCUUGUUCCCACUCUGGAAGCAGUCCUUAUAUGCCUGUAGUUCUUUGACUAGGGAGUGAGACCCCAGGAGAUUUCCCUCCCCCUUCCACAUUAGCAUAUCUAUUGUCAGUGUUAGGAUCUUGAAACUCCAAUAAUAUAAUGCUGCCCUCAUCAGAGGUAGCUGACAGUUGCACAGCUAAUGUUUGCUUCUAUAACUUCUAGCUUUGUGCUGGGCGUGGUGGCACAUGCCUUUAAUCCCAGCACUCGGGAGGCAGAGACAGGCGGAUUUCUGAGUUCGAGGCCAGCCUGGUCUACAAAGUGAGUUCCAGGACAGGCAGGGCUAUACGGAGAAACCCUGUCUUGAAAAACCAAAACAACAACAACAAAAAAAACUUCUAGCUUUGAGUCUUUGACCAACAACUGUUUCAAAAUACAGCAUUAUCCUGAAGCCCCUUUAAUUGACUGUUCUGGUUUCCUGAGGCAGCGGAUUUCACCAUACCGCAGCCCCGCUAUUGUAACUCUCUUUCUCUGGUCUACUUCCCACCCUCUACACCUCCCCGAGUCCUGUUCACUCACGACCUGGUAUGGAAGUAAAUGAAUGCAUGUGUGCUUACAUUUAAAUUCCGCCAUAUUUAUACCCAGGAGUCUCAGUUUAACUUAGAGUGGCUGUCUCCCUAUAAAGGAAAUUCUGAGUUUCUAGGUCAGACACCAAAACCCAAAUCUGUCAUUUGCAGCAUCUGGAAUCUUGGAACAAAACUUGUAGAACUGUUCCAAAGACAGAAGAAGAAGAAGAAUUAGGAGAAGAAGAAAGCUUUAUUUAGAGCGCUGCAGAGUAUAAGGUUUAAGUUGCUGCAGGAGGUGGCUGUUGAGGAGGAUUGGGAGCCGUGUGGAUAACAAUUGGCUCUUCCAUUUACUGGGAUAAAUUUACUUUUUAGGGUUCUGAUUUGCUUAGUUUUUGUUUGAGAAUUGCAUCCAUGAGUACUGUAUAUAACAACAGAAAUUUAAGAAGAAACAGUUUGGCUUUGUAAAAAUUAACUCAAGUAUUUUCAAUGUUUGACUCUCUUUCUACCCAUACAAAGUGAAAGUUAUAAGUUGCUGGCACAAAUAUAAAUACAGCAAAGGUACAUUCUAGAAAACACCCUGUUUGUUGGGCUUUGAUUUUUCCAGUUGCCUAAUUCUCAUAUCUGUGGAGUAAUGGCCAUUUCUAAAAAACAGUACUGAAAUUUGCAUUUUAUUUUAUUUUUUAAAAGACUUAUUUAUUUAUUAUAUAUAAGUAUACUGUAGCUGUUUUCAGACACACCAGAAGAGGGCAUCAGAUCUCAUGACGGAUGUUGUGAGCCACCAUGUGGUUGCUGGGAUUUGAACUCAGGACCUUCGGAAGAGCAGUCAGUGCUCUUAACUGCUGAGCCACCUCUACAGCUGAAAUUUGCAUUUUAAAAUAUAAAUUUAGCAGUGGGCAUGGUGGGGCAUACCUUUAAUCCCAGCACUCUAUGAAUUCAAGUAUAGCCUGGUUUAUAUAACAAGUUCCAGGCCACCCAAGGCUGCAUGUCUCUAAAAGUCAACAAAAUAUAACUAACAAACUAUAUAUGUGUGCAUAUGUAUUACAUACUGUGUAUGAGAUGUGAUAUAUGAUUACUUGCAAAAAACUUUUUGAGACUGAAUGAUAAGGCUUAUGUUAUUUUCAAUAAAACUAUGUAAACUACAGGGGAGAAAAAUUGACCCAAUGGCUCUGUGGAUUAAAGUUCUUGUCAUGAAGCCUGAUGACCUGAGUCCAAUACCUAGGACCCAUGUGGGAGAGAGAGAGAGAGAGAGAGAGAGAGAGAGAGAGAGAGCCAUCUUCUUCCUACCAGCUGUCCUCUACCAUGUAUCCGCUGCCCAGACACCAUACACCAAUGAGAUUAAUGUAAUUUACAAAUGAAAAAAAUAAAACCAUGACAACACACAACAUCUGGGGGCUCAGAAGCUUUCUACAUGCGGCAGACAUCAGUGGUGCUGUUUUACCUGCAAAGCAUAUGAUUUCUGUAAGGAAUAGGUUUCAAUUCUCUUGUGAGAGAUGAAAAGACCAGCUCUACUGGGAUUUUCCUGUUUCUGUGUGUUCUUCUCCCUUCAUACCCAGCCUCCCCUUUCCAUGAGCCCUCAAGAUCCCUCUCUACCUGACAAGUCUACCAGUUUUCCUACAUGGCCUUGCUCUAGCACCAUACAAAGCCAUUCUGCUAAACAGGAGUUGUCUAUCUCUGUGGUGCUACGUCAGGAGUGGGGCAGCAUUGCCCAAGAGCUAUCCCUGAUAGAAACUAAUAGAUCAAUGGGAACCAAGAGGCAACUGUGGAGUUUCACACAACGUAAAGACCGAGGGCCUAGGGAUGGCUGUUUUCUUCCACUCCUAGGACCUGCCUUCCGCGUAUGUAAUAUAGAGCCUUACCCAAAAGCACAAAGGCCAUUUGUGAAACAAUCAUAUACAACAAGCUGACCCCCAGAAGUCUUCUUUUAGAUUGGAACUUUGAACAUCAGCGUUAUUAAUCUGCCAGACAGCCACCACUCACCUACUGAGUAUGUGAGUCAGAUAACGAAAGAACACAACUGGCAAAAACCUUCUGUAUUGCACAUCUCCAAAGCAUGUAGCUUUUUCAGAAACCCCUCCCCUCACUGUGCCCGAUGCUCAGCUUGUUUAACAUUUUAAUGCCCCCCCAAAUCACGAGAGCAUGGGGGGGGAGGGGCUGGAGAGAUGGCUCAGCAGUUAAGAGCACUGAACACUGACUGCUCUUCCAGAGGUUCUGAGUUCAAAUCCCAGCAAACACGUGGUGGCUUACAACCAUCUAGAAUGAGAUCUGAUGCCCUUUCUGGUGUGUCUGAAGAGAGUGACAUUGUACUCACAUACAUAAAAUAAAUAAAUCUUAAGCCUAGUGAGGCUGGGAUCGGAGCCAGGAAAAAAAAAAAAAAAAGAAUGUUAAGGGUCUUUAACCCUGGUAGGCAUGGAGAUGGUCCCUUAGGGCGAUUAGUCAAUUUUGUCCAGUUCAGAGGGGGUUAACAUCUUUUUUAGGGUUUCUCCAAGCUUCUCUAAUCUUAUCCUGGAUGUGUAGAGCCCUGCCUUGGUUUACAAUGGAGGUCACAAGCAGGCCAGUGCUUGGGCAGGGAGUGAUGGAAUUAGGCUGUGUUGUCAGCAUUAAAUACCACUGACUCCUGAGAAGUGAUGACGACACCAGGGUGCCUUGAGUCCUUGAGGACACCUUGAAAUAUAUGUCUCCCUGCCGCGCGCGCUGAACUCUGAGACCACACAACUGAGCUCUGUGGAUCUCUCAGCCUUUAUGUGACUUGAAAGAAGGACGUUUUAAGGGAUCUGUUCAAGAGCGAAGAACGGGACAAGACAUUGAUCUCUGCUGUCAAAGUCACUCCUUAUAACUCACUCUGCAAGGUGACACAGUGACAUCCCUUUGAGGGAAAGGUUGCCAGGAGUUCUGAAAGUGAUCUGCCUGUUUUCAUCUCACACUGACUGGCAGGGAGGAGAGGGGUUUUUUUUGUUUGUUUUGUUUUGUUUUUAACAAUUACUAAGUUUUUUUUUUACAAGGUUUUCUAAUAACGACAUUCAUACAUGUAUCUAAGAGAAUUUAGAAUAAGAAAAAAUUAUUUGGAUAGCCAGAGUUGAAAUUUAAUACUCCUGUCAAGUUUCCCAGUCCUGGGUCCAUGUGUAAUUUUCCCUUUCACUACAGGUCACUACUGUUUAACAUUCACACUAAGAGUAAGUUGACCCAUUGAACCACACCUCCCAGUCUGUGCAUCUGCAUGUCUGUGGGGGGUGGGGUGGGGGCUAUGCUUUUCAGGAGUGGCAUGUGGCCCUGCUGUUUAAGCUGGGCUAUAUUUAAAAGCAGUUUCAAGGGAGUUGUUUCUCACACUAACAAGAGACUGUCUAGGUGAAGCAAGCGCUGUCGCAAAGGGCAAGUGUCACGCAGCAGGAAGUGCUGGCCACCCUUUCCAGCCCUGCCUCAGCCAGCCUGCCACCUCUCUGUCAGCACAUACCACCACACUGAAGAAAUGCCCUCAUUCAGCCACAAGUGCCUCUUGCAGCCUGAAGGGCCUUCCCGCCCCAGGGUCCAGUAUCUGCUCUGACAUUCUGCUGUUCCUGUGGAUCUCUUAGCACUCUCUUUACAAAUGGCUUUUGUCUGGGAUCCCCUGGGAGUCGCAGUGCCAGGACCAUCUCCAAGAACUAGAACAAGAUUGCGUUUCUCAAAGUCCUACAGUUUCGAUGUGGACAAUGGCACAUCAGCGGGACGGAGUCCCUUGGAUCCCAUGACCAGCCCAGGGUCUGGGCUGAUUCUCCAAGCAAACUUUGUCCACAGUCAACGCCGGGAGUCCUUCCUGUACCGAUCUGACAGCGACUAUGACCUCUCUCCAAAGUCUAUGUCCAGGAACUCCUCGAUUGCCAGUGAUAUACAUGGAGAUGACUUGAUUGUGACCCCGUUUGCUCAGGUCUUGGCUAGCCUGCGAACCGUACGGAACAACUUUGCUGCGUUAACGAAUUUGCAAGACCGAGCACCCAGCAAAAGAUCACCCAUGUGCAACCAACCAUCCAUCAACAAAGCCACCAUCACAGAGGAGGCCUACCAGAAACUGGCCAGCGAGACCCUGGAGGAGCUGGACUGGUGUCUGGACCAGCUAGAGACCCUGCAGACCAGGCACUCCGUCAGUGAGAUGGCCUCCAACAAGUUCAAAAGGAUGCUGAACCGGGAGCUCACGCAUCUCUCUGAGAUGAGUCGGUCUGGCAACCAGGUGUCGGAGUACAUCUCAAACACAUUUCUCGAUAAGCAACAUGAAGUGGAAAUCCCCUCUCCAACUCAGAAGGAAAAGGAGAAGAAGAAAAGGCCGAUGUCGCAGAUCAGUGGGGUCAAGAAGUUGAUGCACAGCUCCAGCCUAACUAAUUCAUGUAUCCCCAGGUUUGGGGUUAAAACGGAGCAGGAAGAUGUCCUGGCCAAGGAACUAGAAGAUGUGAACAAGUGGGGCCUCCACGUUUUCCGAAUAGCAGAGCUGUCUGGUAACCGGCCUCUGACUGUUAUCAUGCACACCAUUUUUCAGGAACGAGAUUUGUUAAAAACGUUUAAAAUCCCAGUAGACACUUUGAUUACGUAUCUUAUGACUCUGGAAGACCAUUACCAUGCUGACGUGGCCUAUCACAACAACAUCCAUGCUGCAGACGUCGUCCAGUCCACUCACGUGCUGCUCUCUACACCCGCUUUGGAGGCUGUGUUCACAGACUUGGAGAUUCUCGCGGCCAUUUUUGCCAGUGCAAUACAUGAUGUGGACCAUCCUGGGGUGUCAAAUCAAUUUCUGAUCAAUACAAACUCGGAACUCGCUCUGAUGUACAACGACUCCUCGGUCCUAGAGAACCAUCACUUGGCGGUGGGCUUUAAGUUGCUCCAGGAAGAAAACUGUGACAUUUUCCAGAAUCUGACCAAAAAGCAAAGACAAUCUUUAAGGAAAAUGGUCAUUGACAUUGUCCUGGCGACAGACAUGUCGAAGCACAUGAACCUGCUGGCUGAUCUGAAAACCAUGGUUGAAACCAAGAAGGUGACAAGCUCCGGCGUCCUCCUCCUGGAUAACUACUCCGACAGGAUCCAGGUCCUUCAGAAUAUGGUGCACUGUGCAGACCUGAGCAACCCCACAAAGCCACUCCAGCUGUACCGCCAGUGGACGGACCGGAUAAUGGAGGAGUUCUUCCGCCAGGGGGACCGAGAGCGGGAGCGUGGCAUGGAGAUAAGUCCCAUGUGUGACAAGCACAACGCCUCUGUGGAAAAAUCACAGGUGGGCUUCAUAGACUAUAUCGUUCAUCCACUCUGGGAGACGUGGGCAGACCUCGUACAUCCCGAUGCCCAGGACAUCUUGGACACUUUGGAGGACAAUCGUGAGUGGUACCAGAGCACAAUCCCCCAGAGCCCCUCCCCUGCACCUGAUGACCAAGAGGAGGGCCGGCAGGGACAGACUGAAAAAUUCCAGUUUGAACUAACCUUGGAGGAAGACUGCGAGUCAGACACUGAAAAGGACAGUGGAAGUCAGGUGGAGGAAGACACUAGCUGCAGUGACUCUAAGACUCUGUGCACCCAAGACUCAGAGUCCACUGAAAUUCCCCUUGACGAGCAGGUUGAGGAGGAAGCUGUAGCGGAAGAGGAAAGCCAGCCUGAAACUUGCGUCCCAGAUGACUGCUGUCCUGAUACGUAACAGCAUAAAGGCUGUCCCACUCUUUCUGUUUUUUUGGUUUUUUGUUUUUUUUUUAAAGUAGAAAAAUAUUGUUUCCAAAGUGCAUGUCACAUGCCACAACCAUGGUCACACCUCACUGUCAUCUGCCAGGACGUUUGUUGAACAAAACUGACCUUGAACUACUCAGUCUGGCGCUCAGGAAUAUUGUAACCAGUUCUCUCACCCACCCCACCCCCCCAUGUCAUCGGAGAAGAGAGAUGUCUUCACGUACAGGACGUGGACGUGACGUCAGCUUGGCAGAGCUGACAAAGCGGAUAAAAUUGACUCCAACUGUUUUCAAGGGAGCCUGUGGCCCAUCCAGCUGCCCAGACGCUAAGAUCGGAUUGCAGGGUUCCUUUCUGGUUUGCUUGCAAACGUGUUAAGAAGAAAGAAGGCAUUUGAUGACGCGUGUGAACUCACAGAGGAAGCAAUGAGAGCGUCAUGAACAGGACACAGCUUGGAUCUGUCCCCUGGAGGAGGAUGAGCCACAGAAAUUGCAUACUUUUCUAAUUUCAAGUCUUCCUGAUAACAUGACUGAACAGUGUGGUUCAGUGAGCCACACUCACCUCUCUCUACAUUUUGUAUGAUAUGUAAAACAGAUUUUUUGUAGAGCUUACUUUUAUUAUUAAAUGUAUUGAGGUAUUAUAUUUAAAAAACAAAACAAAACUCUGUUCAGAACUUCAUCUACCACUGGUUUUUGUUUUUUUGUUUUGUUUUGUUUUUUUGGGUUUUUUUUUUUUUUUCUAAGAAGUAACUUGCAAGUUUUCAGUACAGAUCAGUACUACACUGGAGAAAUCUCAUUUACGAAUUUUACUCGCACCUUAGAGGUCAUAGCAAUGAACUGAUUUGUAGUGAUUCAUUCUUUUAUAUACCGAUGACUUCCAUACUCUAAAACAGAGAAACAAAUUUAUGUUGCGGGAAAACCCCUUUUGUAAGUGUCCAUUGGCUCCUCCUUUACUUCCACUCCUCCACCUGCCAGGGGAGUCUGCUCUCCCACAUUGCUCCCCUCACUGUGUGCAAAGUGAGUAUUUAUUCUGUAAUACGUUAAUGUGCAUUACGUCCAGUGUUGUCUUAAACCUCAUAGGAGCUCAGUCGUCAGCCUCUGUUGUCUGAAGUAAAUGGGAGAUAUAUAAAUACCCAGUAGCUAAAACAGUCAGGUCUUUUCCAGGCAUUUUCCUACCCACUGCCUUCUGGUAAUUUCCUCCCCCCCCCCCCCCCCCGCCCUGUCUCAGGAGACAUGCAUUCACAAAUGCUGUCCUUGUAGUCACCCGAACAUUUCACCAUCAUUUUAUUGUUGCUCACAGCCAGUUACAGGAAGAAAAACAUUUUCGCAUCCUGUUGCUUGGUUUAAUGCCUAUGCCAGCCUCUGCACUUGUUCACUUGAUGGGGGUCUUACCAAGUCUGUCACUACCAUUCUGACCGAGGAAAAAGAAACAGGUUGUCAGGGUAGGGCUGAAGUUCAAUUCUUCUACAUGGUUCUGUCUUCUCUAGCUUUUUCCUCUGAGGUUGCAGAGGAAAAGCAUGCUAAGUGUUAUAUAGGCAGGUCUUAAGACUGUCAGCUGUCUCUAUCGACAAAUACCAGGACAGCUGUUGUUUGAACUGCCCAGGGAAGCGAGACCUCCGUGAGGAGCAGCCCUGGGAAGUGGUUCUGAGUGUCGAAGCUGCUCUCUCCUAAUGGACAGUCUGGUAACAUGUGGACUUUGCUAUUGAUUCUUCUUGCUCCAUCAGCUUGUCCCAUAGGAAGGACUGCUGCAGACACACUAAAGGAGAGUGGAUGAUACCGCUGGCUCCAGGCGGAUCGUUAUGCGAUGGGAUCUAAACCAGUGGAUUGUGUGAGUCUGCCUCAGUAGAACAUUAAGAGAGGAAUCCAGAUUUCAGCUCCAGGAACUCUGUGAAUUUAUGGCUUAGUUCCCAGGGUUAACUUGCUGAUACCAGUCAGCCUCGUGCAGCAUGUGUCUAGCCUAGACCUUAGUUGUCUUCUUGGUGUAAGGUUUGGAGCCCAUGCUAAUUUUCCUUUAUGGCACCCAAAUGGGGACUAAAGGAGAGGGUGGUAUAUGACCAAAUGGAAAAGGAAACGUUUAAGAAAAGUCCUAAGUCUGGAAAAAAAAUAUGAAUAAAACUUCUCCAGGAAGUUGGAGGCUAGUGACUGAGAAAGUAAGUCAUCAGCCAGGGAGAUCACCCAGGCUGCGCACAAACCUUGUUUCAAGUUCUUGAAUCCAAACGAUGCUUAGAGCCUUUGGUACAGAAGUGUUUCUGAUCUGUGGCAUAGGGCGGGAUAAAAAUCAAAUAAGUGAUCAUUGGCGGGCUAGCCACCUUUCCUUGUGAAGAGUGCAUGGUGCACAGUCAGCCUUUGUGUGACCAGAGAUUUCACAAAACCUGGGGCACCUGUUUCUCUUUUCAUUUCACGGAUCCCUGAAGGAGGUCUAGAAGAAAAGGCGAUGAGUCUAGAGUUUAUCCCCCUUUCGAAAUCAUUCUCGCUUUCCUUCCUCCCUACGUGUGGCAUUUCCCCCACCCCCCCACCCCCUACAGGGUGCCUGUAGUCUUCAUAAUAGAGUAAGUAAGUAAGUAAGUAAAUAAGCAAUAUGUCAUAAACAGAUCCAUACUGCAGGUGUUUACAGCUACAGUAGUGGAGCAUUUGUUGUGUAGUGUGUUGGUUUUGAAUGGCAUUGUGCUGUCGAGGUAUCCACUGAUGGACAAUCAAGCUGUAGAGGACACACAAUAGCCAAGAGUUAGGGACUAGUACACCAGACCUACUCAGCCAUCUGCUUACCACCCCAACUCCUUGACCAUGCCCCGCCCCGGCUCACUCUUGUCAAAGUGUGCUUCACGCAUUAACAAGAACAUCUUUAUACAAGUGGCUUCACAUCCCCUAAAACGCCAUAAGAAAAAAAAAUGCAAUAUCUGGGUACUGUAUGGGGGGAAAGAAGUCUAAGAUUUGCAUAAAACCAGUACAUUUCAGCUUGCAAGUUACGGAACGUGAUAACGCUGUUUCCAUUACGUUUUCAUCCACAUCAGUAAGUCGCAGUAACACAGUGGAGAUAGAACAAACCACAGAUAAGGAGAGAAAAAAAAAACUUGAAUGAAACAGAUUUUACAGAAAGCUUUAUGAUAAUUUUUAAUGCAUUAUUUAUUUUUUUGUGCCAUGCAUUUUUUUCCUCACCAAAUGACCUUACCUGUAAUACAGUCUUGUUUGUCUGUUUACAACCGUGUAUUUAUUGCAAUGUACAUACUGUAAUGUUAAUUGUAAAUUAUCGGUUCUUAUUAAAACAUCAUCCCGCGCUGGGAUGGUGUUGACAUAUUUGGAAACUCUUGGUGAGAGAAUGAAUGGUGUGUAUACAUGCUCCUUGUACAUUUUUCUGUUUCUUCUGUAAUAUAGUCUCGUCAUCAUAGAGCUCGUUUAUGGAAAAAUUCAAGAAAAAUAUAAAAUACAUAAAGAUAUAUAAAUUUAAAUAACAUAGCUGCAGGUCUUUGGUCCCAGGGCUGUGCCUUAACUAUAACCAAUACUUUCUUCUGUUUUGCUGCAAUUCAAAGUUAGGUGGUAGUGAGGCUCGGGCUGGGCGUUUUGGAGCCGUGCUCCUCAUUGAUUGGAUUGCAAAACUAUAGAUCACGGCUGGAGAACCUUCUGACCCUUGUGAGACAAAACCUCUGACAUACAUGUUGCCACGGAGCACAAUGGCACUGGUGGUGCGUAUUUACCAGCUGAGUGCCGGGAGCUACUACACCUGGAUACACAGGAUUGGUUUUCUUCUUCCCAAACCACACACCAAGAAAACAUUCUUCUCUAGGGACUGGAGAAUGGCCUUCUGGCUUCUGGUCCUCACAGGAAGAUGAAUUUGAUUUGAAAUGGGAGCCAUAGUUCACUGAUCUCGUCAGUCCUGUGUUCACCGGCUUCCUGCCAUGCCAAGACAUUACACUAUUUUAAAUACUCUCCUCGUCUCCAAGACUAACCAAAUUUAGAAAUAUGUAUGAUACAUAGUCCAUAUGUGUCAUACAUAUGCAUACAGACACGUGCACAGAUAUGUACACGUCAGUCACCUGCGUAAACACAGUUAUAUGAUGAUGCCAAUUCAUGUAAAAUAAAGAAUCCAUGUCUCUCGAAAAUUGUUUUUGUGUGUCCACGUGGAAUUGUUAAGCAUAGCCUUGUACAGUGGCCAGUCCUGAAAGCCACAAGAGCUUCCUUGUGGAAAAGGUGGCCACCUCCCACCAUAGCCCAGCCCUUAGAAUAUGUGACGUAGAAAAAAGAAAUUCUUUUUUUUCUAGGGGAAAAAAAAAGAGCCUCUUAUUAUUUCAUUUUAUUUUUUGACACAAACUGUAGAUUUUAGCAGCCCUGGCCCAAAGGAAUUUGAUUACUUUUGUUUUAAACAGUACAAAUGGGACACUAUACUGAGAAAAUACAUCCUUUGCUGAUUUCAGUUUUUUUAUCCCUUUAUUUCUUUGGGUAUGUUUUCAGAGUGGUGAACUGUGUGCGAGCAUCACAGACGAUGGAUCUGUCAGUGGUUUCUUAGCCUCUCUUACAGCCCAUGGGGAUAGCACUGUACAUCAAUACCUUCAUAUCAAAUUUUUAUAUGCCAUGAAAAUAAAAGCAUGGGUUGAUUCUGCCUACUUAA